GAUAUGACAUUUCAUUGCUGUUUUCUAAAGUUGUCUGAUCUGUUUGCAAGUGUUCGCCAUAACAUUACGGAAAAAAUUCGUAAUUUCGUGAUCAUUUUGUACGUUUUAAAGUGUGAUUUUAAUGCGAUUCGAAUCGCACAGCAAUGACGGUUUGUCGUGCGUGUGGACAAGGUCCUCCCCUGAACGGUGCCCCGUUUGAGAGCUUCCAAAAUCAUGCUCGCAUUUACCUUGCCCUGACGGCGAUCCAGCUCCACGAUCACGAAGAUCCGGACCGGCUGGAGCUGUGCUCGGAUUGUGUGGACAAGCUGAGCGAGUUUGACCGCUUUCGGCAUGUUUGCCUUCGGGUGCACUACGGACUGCAAGUGAAAACUGAGCCGGAGCAUGAUCUGCUCAAAGACGAAUAUCAAGGCAAGGAGCAAGCCAGUUCUUCGGACGAUGAGGUGGCAGGCGGAGAAGAACCACUGGAACUUGAGGACGAUGAACUCGGCUUCGAAGAAGUCAACAUCGACGAGGAAUGGGCCGAACUUAAGCACGAUCCGCAUGUCACUGGUAAUGCUUCUUGGCAGAACCCUUCCGUUAUUCUGACCAUUGAACCGAAUGUGCCCGACGAGGCCGAGUAUGUCACAGGCGACAUAGGGCCUCGUUACUUCAGCGCAGAUAUGUUGGUGGAGCUACUUCAGAGUUCGUCCGCUGGCCGGCAUAUUAUGGAAAGCAGUUCCCUGGGACCUCUUUCGAAGGAUAGCCGAAAUGAUUUGGUUGGCAUUAUUAUCGACCGACACUACGAAAUGAGACUGCCAACGAUAGAGGAAGUUCUGAAACAGUAUGCUGAGGCUAUAACGGCUCUGUUUCCGUAUGAGAUUCAGGACAUGUACUUUAUCGCUCGUGGUGGAUGUCGAAGAAAUCACAGCGGAAAGCUGUACAAUCGCAUUGCCAACAACAGGAAAAAGAGGGCCACAUAUCUGCAAUUCAUUGAAACCAUUUCGGGAAAUCCCCAGCAAGUGGUCGAGCCUCCUCCGAAACCAAGCUCGAAAUCAUAUUUUCUAAGCGCUAGAGUUUUGGAAAGCUUACUCAAAACGACAAUUGUUGGCCGAAAACUUCUAGAAAAUGCAUCGCUGGGCCCUUUAUCGAAGGAUAGCCAAAACGAGCUCGUUACCAUCAUAGCCAAUCGUCACUUGGAACUCAAGUUUCCGACAAAAAAGGAUGUUUUGAAGCAAUAUGCUGAGGCGGUAACAGAUCUGUUCAAACAUGAAACCAAGGAAACCUACUUCAUUGCCCGUAACGGCACCCGUCGAAAUCAUGGCGGAAAACUUUACAAUCGCAUUUCGAAUAUGCGCCAAAAAGCAUACAAACGUGAGUUGUACGAAGAACGACAUCUUGCGACUGUAUCGCAAAGAACUAGCAAUCCAGCUAAGAAGAUUGCUGUCGAAAAACCCGCUUAUGACUGGGAAAUGGCUUGGUUGAAACUCAACUCCGCACCUUGGGAUACAGCUUUGGAACUAUGGACGAGGACUUUCUCAAGGAGGAAAGACGAACUAACCAAUGCUGAGAAAACACCGGAGUUACUGAAAAAGUAUGAGUACCUCUACCGCAGUGAGCUCGGCUACCAAUUGAUAGAAAUCGAUUUCAAACAGCUCGCCGUCGGAGAUCAUGAAGGGCUUCGGAAGUGGAGUUCAAUUCUACCGAGUCUAGUGGCGCAUCUAAGUCGAUCCUAUCAAGACGAUCACUCUAAAGCUAUAGCCGAACAUUUGAGCUCCAACGAACUGGACCAAGAUUCCAUGAUCUGCGGAGUACUAAUGCUUCUGAAUCACGAACUGCUUCCAACGAAAGUGAGGAAGAACUUUAAGCCGUCGGUCCUCACAGCCCAGCAAGACGUAAUCCUGAUCGCGGAAACGGACGACCAAGUGAAGGCCAAGCUGGCAGAGUAUGAAACGAUGUACGCUUCGUAUGAGUUGCCCAUCGUACCGAAACUGGUGUUCAGAGGGAAAAACAUCCGCGAGUUGACCGGUCCGUACGAAGUGCACUACAAGGGAGUCGUCUAUCGGCUCGAUUCGGCGUCCCGAGCCGUGGAUGUGCUGGUAAAGUUCAGCACCGUCUUCGGGUUAGAAUAUUCCAGGAUUUGUCGCCUGAUCUGGAUCUUCAUCUGUUCGUUCAUUUACGAUUUGCCGACUGCGGAGCACUACGAGUCUAUCAACAAGCUCAAACGGUUGCUUGAACCGAGUUUGCCGGUGUGUUGAAGGCAGAGGAUAAUUGGGUAACUUCAGGGCGUGUUUUGUCCUUUUUCUAUGAUGAAUACAGCUGUAAUUCCUUCGAUCGGCCGUAACUUCGAGACUAUCAAAUAGCGAAUACCUGAUACUUAAGUCAAUACCUACAAGUAAGUGAAAAUUACUAAAUAAUUUUAAGAGAUAAAUCUCCAUCUGGUCAGAAGACUACACCAAAAAUACAAGUUUGAAACGGAUAAAAAGCCGAUCCACUCAAA